CAGAUCGGUCCAAACGGUACGGUCUAGCAAAAUUUUUUAAUAGAUCGCCUAGAACUUUUAGAAAAGUAAUUUUCCUUGCUUAAAGCAAAUCAAAUUUUAUAUUUGCAAAAAUGGCGCGUGCUGUACUAUGCAUGGCCAUCGCUUGCAUUUUAGUGCAAUGCGCUCUCUCUCAAAACUACGAUAAGGAAAAUCGUCGCCUCAUUCUGCAAAUUAAAGAUCAAAAAACGACCAACCAACAAUACUAUUCGUCGAAUUUCGAUACCAGAAAUGGUAAUUAUGAAGGUUUUGAUGGUCGUUAUAAAGGUAUUAAACAAGGUCAAUAUGUCCCGGACAAUUCGGGCAAAUAUGUUCAUGUUGAAGGUCCAACUGGUCCACCAGCCGUACCAUAUGUGCACGUAGAGGGACCACAAGGCGGUUUUGGCGGUGAAGGCGGCUUCGGCGGCAAAGGUAGCGGCGGCGGUGUAGGACCAGGCGGCCCAGGCGGCCCAGGCGGACCAAAGGGACCCGGCGGUCCAAAGGGACCUGGUGGUCCAAAGGGUCCACCCGGCCCACCUGGUCCACCCGGACCACCAGGACCAUUCGGCCCAACUGGACCCGGACCUAAGGGACCAAAUGGCCCACCUGGACCACCUGGCCCACCUGGACCAACACGUCCCGGCCCACCAGGACCACCUGGCCCACCCGGCCCAACCCGUCCCGGCCCAGGCGGACCACCUGGACCACCAGGCCCAACCCGUCCCGGACCACCAGGCCCACCCGGACCAACACGUCCCGGCCCACCAGGACCACCAGGACCAGAUCGUCCAGGCCCACCCGGACCACAACCACCAUACAAACCAAGUGGCCCAAGAGACUCAAAUAAGAAUACACCCGGCUAUUUGCCACCCGUCUCAAAAACUGGUAAAAUAACGCAACCCAUUAAGUCAUCAUCAUUAGUUGUGGAGGGUGAAACACCCACGACAAGCACACAUACCACCACAAAUACACAAACAUCUUUCGUGCCAAAUUAUGGUAGUAAUAAUGAUUAUGCACAAAAGAAGGUCACCACCACCACAACCACAACCACAACCAACACCAAUACCAAUACUAACACUCAAUUUAAUAAUAAUAUUAAAACAACACCUCUAACCAAUAUUCCUCCUUCUUCUCCUCCCUCUCCUCCCAAAACUAUCACCACCACAACUACGACCAACACAAACACGAACACGAAUACGAAUUACCCGAAUGUACCGGUUAAUCCGCCGGCCACCUAUCAACAAACUAAUAAAUACCUGCCACCAAAUCGUGGUCCAAUUACGAAUACCUUCAAUCGACAGGACACAUCUUUUGAGAAGGAACAACCGUACAAGACAAUUACCACAACAAACACAAAUACUGACAGACAAACCGGACAGAAAAUCACUCAAGGAGGCGUUGGUCAAAAGGUAACCACAGCAACAUACGAACAAACACCCGGUAUCUAUAAUGGACAGAAGGUAACUACACAAAAGGAAACUAAUAUCUAUGGGCAAAUACCCGGUUAUCCGAUUGGACAAAAAGUAGUCGAAAAAGUAACAACCACCACAACGACGAACCAAAACGUACCCAGCUAUCCGACAGGACAGCGGGUCGUUGAGAAAGUAACCACCACGACAAAUACCAACAGAAAUGAAGGUUACAAGCCCAGUCAGCCCACAGGUGGUCAACGUUUCGAACAAAACCGGCAAACAGAGAAGAAUGUAGUUACCAACACCAUUACAAAUUACCAAACGCCACGUCCCUCCUAUCCACCGACCGAAAUAAAUAACGAACGUGUGUGCUCAUGCAAUGCGGAUCGUACACAACAAACUACUACAAUAGGCACACAACAAUCUACAACCUCGUCCUUCGGUAAACCAACGUCGGAUAGUAAAUUGUAUAAUCAACAACAAUUCACAACACAAACAGCAACCGCAUCGGGCGGCCAAGCGUUCUUUGGCGGUAUAACGAACUCUAUGUCAUUAUUACAACAAUUGCCGGUGUUUCCACAAGCGCCAGGUUAUGCUGCGUCCUAUGCACCGGACAAGAUACCUAAAGGUGCCAUUGUAGCAUUUAUGCCGGUAAUCAUUUUACCACAAUCAGCUUACGAGCAAUGCGACGAUAAUGCGUUACAUACGGCCGACAGAUACCAACAGAAUGUCGACAGCUUCCCAUUGGGCGUGCAACCAGCACCGAUUCCAUUUAGCUUUAGUCAGAUUACAGGCGGUGCACGUAAAGAUCAAUGCAUGUGCCCUUGUUCUUGCACACAAAACAUACCAGACAGACUGCACAAGAAACGAGACACGAACGCUAGUGACGGACUGAAUGCAACCGUAGCCGUAGACAAUGCGAAAGAGACAGCUGAAGUGAAAGCUGUAGAAGCUUUAGUGACGGACGAACAAGCGGAGACCAAAGUGACGGAAAAUAAGGUACUAGAUACGACAUCAGCAAGCACGGAAAAUGUAGAAACAACAAAGCAAUUGACACCAGCUGUGGUGGAGACAGCCGAACCGGUAGCGUUGGUUGGCGAAGCGACUGCAACGACGACAGUAACGACAAACGAAGAUGUUAAAGUCGCGUCAGAAAGCGAAAAGAUCGCAGAACCGACGCCAACUGUUGUGGUCGAAGAAAAGAAAGACUAAAUAGACGUUAUGACGAACGACGUUAAUGACGUUAUACUACAAUUUGUCAUCUACAUACUCACAAACAUCCAACAAGAAAUCCUCUCCAAUUUAGGAAUGACAAAAUAAGUUAUCCACGGAUACCAUAUGAAAUAACGCCGUCCGUUAGCAAAAGAGAACGUCAACCACAGCAAUCGACAGCCAACAAUGUCCCGUUAUCCUACAUCCUCUCCGCACAUCCCAACAAACGCUUGUUGCUUGCUCAGUCAGGUCAGCUGGUGUUCCUUAAGCGGACACACUGCUGGCCUUUGCAUGUAAUACCGGUACCGUUCCUGCAUAUGACGUGCCUGGCAGUUGGUCCAUUUCCUUAUGCGUUCCCCCGUCCAAAGCAACACGCUACGUGCCCGCUCCCGUCCUUAUAACACCUCCUGAUCCUCAUUACCAAGCGUAAAAAGCAUAUCCUGGCAUCCCGAUCCUGAUUCCGUACCGGCUCCAUACGUCCAGUUCCCGAUUUUGUGUUCAUGUCCUUACAAUGUUUAUUUAUAGUAACAACAACAAAAAUAAAAAAAUAAGAAAAUACCUUGUAAGCACUAAAAGAUGUAAAAGUCAAGACAGUAAUGUAGAGAAA